AUGGCUCCGAUGCCCCAGCUGCAUGAUCUAGGCGGACACCCUACUCCCACCCUGCUCACCCUGCCAUGCUUUACCUUGCAGCGGAUACGAUACGCUUUCCACGGGGCUUUGCGCAAGGACUUUGACUCCUUGCUCUACGGUUCUAAGACGCUGCCGCUCUUCAAUUGCCGUAGGGGCUGUAUGGAGCAGGCCUUACUUCACAUAAAAAUGCCCAACUUCUUACCGAGCGUUUCCGUAGAUUCGAGCUUCUUCUUUCCGUUCCCGCCAACUACUGCCUCAUCGAUUAUUAUUCCUCAAACCGAAACAAUGACCAUUUCCGCUGGAAGUGGGCCGGAUGGGGUGGUUACGCCGCAUUCGAGUGGGAUCAGAGUCAUUGUCGUGGGACUCGGAAUCGCCGGUAUAACAGCGGCCGUUGAAUGCCACCGUAAAGGGCACAGUGUGAUUGUGGUGGACAAAGUGCAGUCCAUUAGGCCGCAUGGAGAUCAGAUUGGAGUUGGAGCCAACGCCGCUCGCGUUCUGGGGAAAUGGAGGAAUGGUGAAUUCUUCAAGGAUGUGCUGCCUUUUAUUCACCAUAUCAAGGCAAUGGAAAUGCACGACGACACGGGGAAGCUAUACUUCGUCAAUGACACCGUCGGAUUUCACCCUCCGGACGGGUACAUGGUGAAUCGAGGGGAGCUAGUGCGGCUUAUGUACGAGUAUGCCCAGUCUUUGGGUAUAGAUAUACGGCUAGGCCAGGUGGUCUCAGAGUACUGGGAAUCGGCCACUGAGGCGGGAAUCAUUGUCAAUGGCGAGCGGCUUGCCGCUGACUGCGUCAUUGCCUGUGACGGUGUCCAUGGCAAGGCGCGGAGCGUAGUCCUGGGAGAGGACGUCGCUCCCGAUCCAACAGGCUACUCGAUGUUUCGAGCGUACUUCGACUCUAACAUUCUCGCAGACGACCCCCAAGCUAACUGGAUCCUCGAAGGGACUGAAAACCGGGAUAGAAGUCAGGUGUUUGCCCGGGAGGGCUACCUCUUGCUUGUAUACACAGGACGGCUCGGCAAAGAUGUUGGUUGGAUGCUCACCCAUGAGGACUAUCGGGGAGCGAGCGAGUCUUGGUCAACUUCGGUGGACCCAGAUGAAGCCAUCCGGAUUCUUCAAGACUGGCCUGUCAGGGAUCGGAUUGUGCCCAUCGUGCGACACACCCCCAAGGAGAAGCUCAUCGAUUUCCAACUGCUUCUUCGACCACCAUUGCCCACUUGGGUAUCUGGCAAAGGCCGAAUACUGCUCAUAGGAGAUGCUGCUCACCCCAAUUUUCAUACCUCCGGUCAAGGCGCUGCCCAAGGUAUCGAGGACGCAGCUACCGUGGCCAUCGCCCUCGAGCUGGCAGGAAAGGCAGGGGUUCCUUUAGCGUUGCUUACAAUGGAGAAGAUAAGGUAUCAACGGGCCACAAUUAUCCAGUCGAGCGGCCUGCAGAUUCAGGACAGCCUACGAUUUGACAAAGCUGCGAUCGAGAAAGAUCCAACACGAGCCAGGAUUCCUCGUCCGCGGUGGAUCUUCGACCAUGAUUGCCAAGCGUAUGCCUACCAACACUUCCACGCCGCCGCUCAAGCAGUUCAGAGUGGGGAGGAGUAUCAUCCGCGGAACAUCCCCGUCGGUGGAGAAUACCAGCUGGUCCAUGACUUCAAGGGGUUAAAGAACACAGAAAGCAUGUAG